AUCUACGUAAUACGCGUUUCAGUCAUCAAGCGGUCAACUUGCCAAGAAUUUCAAGGCAAAGAGUACGCACACCACUCUAUAACCUUGAAUGAGACCGCUUCCGCUCUUCAAUCAGUAACGUGAAAUUCUGAAAUAUUCUUGAGGUUUGAGAGAAAACGGAGAAACAUAUAUAUGACGCACUGAGUCCAAUUAAUUACAAUUGGGGCUCAUUAGUUUUUAAGUCAUUUCUUUUCUUUUUUCUUUGAAGGCAAUCUUACUGCUAAAAACAGCUUUGCUUUGGGACAUUUCAAAGAUCAGAUUUUAUUUAGAGUUCGGCAACACCGGCUAAUAGUUCUUGUUUAGGUUGAGUGCGAUGGCCGCACGCAAGAAAUUCAGCAACGGAACAAAACCUUUUCCAAUUCGAGGUGAUCGGACCAAUUAUGUUAAUCUGCCACAUGUCAUUGCCAUGGUUGGAUUGCCCGCCAGGGGGAAAACUUACAUUGCAAAGAAGCUAACCCACUACUUAAAUUGGAUUGGAAUCAAAACAAGAGUUUUUAAUGUUGGAGAAUAUCGAAGAUUAGCUACUGAAGCGUACAAGAGUCAUGAUUUCUUCCGUCCUGACAAUGCAGCUGCAAUGGCAAUACGAAACAAAUGUGCUCUUGAUGCUUUAGAAGAUGUUUGUACAUGGUUAACAAAUGAAGGAGAAGUGGCGGUUUAUGAUGCAACAAAUACAACUCGUGACAGACGUAAAAUGAUACAUGAUUUGGUUUGCGAAAAAUAUGGUUUCAAGCUGUUUUUUAUUGAAUCUGUGUGUAGUGAUCCUAGUAUAAUUGAAGUUAAUAUCAGGGAAGUGAAAGUGCACAGCCCUGACUACAAAGACAGUGAUAAGGAUGCAGCUCUAAAAGAUUUUAUGCAGCGGAUAGACCAUUACCAAAAGGCUUAUCAGACACUUGAUGAAGAAUUAGAAAAACCUUAUUCAUUCAUGAAGAUAUUUAAUGCAGGAGAGAAGGUCCUGGUCCACAGGCAUGAAGGUCAUAUCCAGAGUCGAGUAGUCUACUAUUUGAUGAAUAUUCAUAUUUUGCCACGUUCGAUAUAUAUAACAAGGCAUGGAGAAAGUGUCUUGAAUUUGAAAGGUCGGAUUGGGGGUGAUGCAGAGCUGUCGCCUAGAGGAUGGGAGUAUGGCCGUGCUUUGGCACGUUUCAUUCAAGAGCAGGAUAUUCCACGAUUACGUGUUUGGACAAGCCAGCUUCAAAGAACCAUACAAACGGCUGCAGAAAUUGAUGCCCCUCAAGAAAGAUGGAAAGCUCUAAAUGAAAUAGAUGCUGGUAUCUGUGAAGAAAUGACUUAUGAAGAAAUUCAAGAAAGAUAUCCGGAAGACUUUGCUGCUCGUGAUCAGGACAAAUUCCAUUACAGAUAUCCCAGAGGAGAAUCUUAUGAAGAUCUUGUUGCAAGAUUAGAACCUGUGAUUAUGGAACUUGAGAGACAAGAAAAUGUUUUGGUUGUUGGUCAUCAAGCUGUUUUGAGAUGUCUUUUAGCAUAUUUCCGAGAUAAAAAUUCAGAAGAAUUGCCAUAUUUGAGGGUACCCUUGCAUACCGUGAUAAAACUAACUCCAGUCGCUUAUGGUUGUGAAAUGGAAAUGUUUACUCUUCCUGUUGAUGCUGUGGAUACUCACAGAGAGAAACCGAAGGUUCCUGGAUUUUUGGAAGACAAGUUCAAAUUUAAAGAACUGGAAACUGAUCUUGGACUUCAAGUUAAAGAGUUUGAUGAUAAAAAAUUGUUUCUUUAUGGCUCUGCAACUACCGUAUAUUGAGUGUGCCCUUUGGAUGUUCAAAUCAACUGAGCUUGAUUGUUAUAUCUUUUAAAUCUUGGUUGUCGUAGAAUUUUAUAUGUUGUAGUUGUAUCUUUAAAGUUUUCUUUGGCUUUGAAAAAAUUUAUAUUCUUUUGAUUUCAUAUCCAAAACUUUGAAUAUUCAAAAUUGUAUUUUUGAUAGAUGAUUUUUAUUGUAUACUUAAUUGUUUAUUUAUGUUAUAAAUUACUAUUUGUUUGUGAAUUUUAUUCUUAUAAUAUUUUUGAUUUUAUAUUUAGUUCUGUUUUAUAUAUUUAGCAAAUAUUAUAAAUUUUGGCUAAGAAACUUAAUUUUGUAAUUGAGAUGACAUUAAGACAUGCAAAUAACCUAUAAUUUGUUUAAUACAUUACAAUUCUGAAAUGAGAAGUUCUGAAUGAAUAAUCAAAAUUUUACAUUGUGUACAAGAAAAGGUUGUCUAGUCAUUUGCAAAAUCUAAAUUGAGAAAACAGAAAGUUGUUAUUGUUUUUGUCUAUUUUUUUAAUAAUCCAUAUUUAACUAUUAUCCUAUUUACACUGUUUUAUAUUAAUAUUAUAAUUCUGCUUUCUAUAUCUUGCUGUGUAUAUAAUUCUAUAUUUUGUUGUGCUUUAUUUGUUUUAAUUUAUUAAAACUAGAUUUAUCCACUUUUUAUUCUGGAAAUUUUUUCCAGAACUUAUUUAUUGGAUAUAUUCAACAAUCAAAAUUCAUUUUCUAAAUAUUGGGAAAUUUCAGUAUAUUAUCCUUUUCAUUUAUAUUUAUUCUGACAUAAUUUUUGUAUACAUACAAGAAUCAAAAUUCAUUUUCUAAAUAUUGGGAAAUUUCAGUAUAUUAUCCUUUUCAUUUAUAUUUAUUCUGACAUAAUUUUUGUAUACAUACAAGAAUCAAAAUUCAUAUUCUGAAUAAUGGAUAUUUUGAGUGGUGUUGAUUGAUGUUUUUUUUAAGAAUUAAGGCUAUUUCUGAUGUUAUAAAAAUUGGGUGAAAAGAAAUAAAUGCAGUUCCAAUACUUAAAAAUACUAAAUUUUUCAAACCAGGCAUUCUUAUUUACUACAUUUUAUCCUAAGUUAUCCAGAUAUUGUUGUUAUGUAUUUUGAAGAUUAAAUGAAUUUCACAUCCUUUUUUUGAAUGCGAUUACAAUUGAUUUUGUGUGUUAAGGUAAAAGGUUCUGAAGCAGUUUGUUCCAAUUCAUUAUUAAAUUAUAAUUUAUACUUACAAUUUUUAAGUUUUCAAUUCAACAGAUGUUGAAAAAUAACAGUUUUCUUCUUUGUUUUAUUAAGAAAAUUGGCAGGUAUUAAAUUUGUUUUUUUAUAUAUAUAUAUAAUAGGAAAAUCUAUCACUUUUGCUUAAUAUUGAUGACUUUUGGAAGCAUGUAUUUUUCUUAAUUUAAAAGUUUUGAUGAUAUAUAUAAUACAGAAAUGCACUCCAAAGUCUAAAUAAUUUGUUAUAUGAUCUGGGAUACAAAGAAUAGACGAUUUUUAUCAUGGAAAGAAGAUUUUUCUGCAUUUAUUGAAUUUUCAGUUUUCAGAAAGCAAUAUCUCUGUACACUUUUCUGGUGUUCAUCACCUCUUUGAAAUAGUUGCAUCCGUCUCUUGAUUUGCAUCAGAAGGUGCCUGUAUCAUUUCACAAAUUUUUUUACCUCGUUUUAUUUAAACUUUUUGGAAGUAUUCUUUCAGUCUUUAUGUAACUUCGGUUAUGGUAUACCAGAAUGACUUAUUAAAGAACUAAUGAAAUAUUUUUUGCAUACGAAUUAGCAUUUCCAUGCAUUUAUAAUGAAAUAUUUAUAGAUUCCUCUAUAUGUUUCUUCUUCUUCUUCUCUCUCUCUCUUUCUUUUUCCAAUAUCUUCUAAACCUAAGAUUAAUGUUAUUUUGUGAUAAAAAUGUGCCAAUUUGCUUAGAAAUUGCCUUUGUUCAUUUUAUUAUUCAUAAAACAGAGUGCUAUAAAAUAAAUAUUUGUAUGAAAAAAAUUAUUAUUUUUUAUUCUAAGGGAAUAAGCUGCACAUAUUUCUUUAUUCCUUCAUGGCUUAUUGUCAUUUUUAUCUUAACAAAUAGAUUCAUUCAAAAUAGGUACAAUGUUAUUUCUUGCCUGAUUUUAAUAGAUGCAAUUUAUAUUGCUUAGUUUUGCUUAUAUGUGUACCUCAAAUUCAUGGUGUGGCGAGAUAGAAUUGAACCAAUCAGAUAUUAUUUAUUACCAUUUUAUAUGUAUUUCUCAUUAAUUUGUUUUGAAACUUAGAUUUAUUAAUUUUCAUCUGCUGUCAAAUGAAUUGCUGUAAUUAAUUUACAAGAGUUGCAUAGUUGCAUUAUUUAUUUAUGGGUAAUUAAAAAUUAUUGAAUGCAUUUAUGUAUUAUACAUACAUCUUAAAACUAGGCAUUUUUAUUUUGAAUCUUACUUUCUUAAUAGCUGUCAAUUAUCUUACUUUAAGACAGUGACUGGCAUUUAUUAUAUUCAGGUUGCACUAUUCUUAUUCUCAUAGGGAAAUUUUUGUUGCUUCUUAGGAUUGUAAAAUCCAGUUCUAUUACAGCUUUUAUUAUUUUCCUUCCUCUCAGUUAUAAUAUUUGCACAUACUCCUAUUGUUGUCCUCAUACAAAUAUUCAGUUAGGUGAUAUGUACCACCAUUGGUUGGUUGCAAGCAUGCAUUGCAUUUAAUGUAUUCCUUAACAUCAUAUACGACACGUUCUUGAGAUUACAAUAACGAAUUUGAAAAAAAAUAAUUGGUAAUUGCAUGAAAGGAUUAUGUCUCAUAAAUGAUCAUUAUGGGAUCAAAAUAAUUUGCCUCUUAAUGACUUAUGGGAAUUUCAUAAACUUUUUUUUUUAAUGUUUCUUUGUGAAGUCAAAUAAGGGUUCGUAUUCCUUGAUACUUAUAAUAGUUUCAUAAUUGAAUAUUUUUAAUAAUUUUGAUGCUUGAAAUAAAAAUAUUGAAAAAUGUGAAUUAAUAAUAAAAUAUUGACAUGUGAACAUUUGCAAUGAGUCUUUUGGUGCAUGCAGCCUGAAGGGAACAAUUCAUUGGCAUUAAACCUUUGAUAUCUGAGUGCACCAAAUAGUGGAGGAUCUGCUUUUGUUGAUUAAUUUGCAUGGGCCACUUUUAAACAAAAACAUUAUUAUGCAUUAUUAUAGACUUUUUUUUUCAAUAUCUGAGAAAUUUAUAAAAGAUUUGAACAUUUACUCUGCAGUUAGUUAUUCAUGAAUUUGAAAGUGGGAUUUGUGGGGGAUUUUUAGUUAUUCAUGAAUUUGAAAUUGAUUUAUUUUGAGAAAAUGCAGAAUCGUGCAGUAAUUUUUGUAGAAGCAGGUUUAUAUUUAAACUUUUUCAUUUUAAUUCAAAGAUAAUGAGGAGCAGCCUAGUUUUCUACUAUUUUUGUAAGGCAAAUAAAUCUUGAACAUUCUAACGUUUGAAAUUGUUUUAUUUGCAUAAAAGUAAUUUUUAUAUGCUAUUUAAAAGAUCUGGGACUGUAUUUUUAAUACAGUUUGAGCUUAAAAUUCUAUUUAAUAGUUUUUAUUCAUGUACUAAAAGUAAUAUAAAUUUUUUUGUAAUUUAAAGCCAUUCAAGAGAUUAUAAUUAAGUGUCUAAUGGUAUAUAUUGUCUCUCUUGCAAAUAUGUCAAAAGGAGAGGUUAAUGACCAGUCUUGCUUAUUGAAGAAUGUAUAUGUAAUUUUAGAUUACACAAAUGUCUCAAAAAAUACUUUAUUGCUCUGUAUGUAUAAAUGUUUAUAAUAGAUAUUUAUUUAUAGAUAAACAUUUUUAUGUUGAGUAAUAUGAAAGGAUUUUUGGGGGGAGGUAGGUGGAGAUAAUUUAUUUCUGUGGAUUUGUUACAUGGAAGACUUUAUUUAUCAAUUGCCUUGUAAAUUUUUUUAAAGUUAUCUUUUAUUAUAAAGAAAAUAUAAAUUAUGCAUUGUUGACUGAAUUUUUUACUGUGACUUAGCUUCCUUUUGAUAAUUAGUUAUAUGUGGAUGAUUUAUAAUUUCUGUAUAUUAUGUAACUGCAAUCUAAUUUUAGCAUUGGUAAAUAUUAUCAUAAUGUAUAAGGUAGUACAAAUAUUUAUUUUCCACAUCAAGUCAUAUAGAUGUAUUCCAUUUGAUUUUUUUUUUUUCUGUGAUUGUUUUAUAGUAAUGUUCCUACAAGAAAAAAUGAAUGCUUAUUUCUGUUUUUAAUAGUUUAAAAAUUGGUGAUAGAAUUUUGUUGAGUGGAAUAAUAUGAAUUUAGUAUUUCACUUUUACUAUUGCAUGUUUAGAUGCAAUUGUUUAUUUUAGUGUUUGACAUUCCCUUUCUUUUAAAAACCUUGAGUAGUUAUUAGUUUUCAACUCAUAAUUAUUUAUUUUAGACAAGUAGAGUUGUGAAAGCGUUAAGAAAGCUAAUAAGUGUUUCGUAAUUAAUGCCAAUGUUUUUCAUAAUAGUGUAAUUUGGAAAAUUUUAUAACUUUCUUUUUAAAUAUUUGUUGCUUUAAAAUUCGAUUGGUAUUAUUUAAAACUAUAUCCUAUUUAAAUAUAUCCAUUGCUUUAAUACAUAUCAGAAUCAUAUUCAAGACUAUUUGGCUUGUUGUAACAAUAUGUUGUAUAGCAUUCUAUAUUGCUAUCAGCUCUGAGUUGACAUUGACAGUAAAUAUGGAAUUAUUUUUCAAAAUCAAUAUAUUUCAGAAUUUUUUGUUAGAAGUAUCAAUUUUUUGUAUUCAAAUUGAAAGUUAUAAGCUUCUCAAAACUUGAUUUGUUCUGUGUCUGAAAUGAAAAAGUAAAAGAAUGCUACAUGCAUAUUUUUAAAAACCUGUUGCCAUUUAAGUGAGCAAUUUUUUCAUAAAAUAUUUAGAUAUUUCUGAAAAUAAAAUAUAAAAUCAGUUGAAACCAGUUGCAUAUUACUAAUUUCACUCAUUAUUCAAUUAUCCUAUAUUCCUAAUUGGGUGUUCUAUUAAUUAAACUUUAAUAAAUCGAUUAUUGAUAUUAUUUAAUGUUUUUAAGAUUACUUUUUUAUUCAGUUUUAAUUCAAGCAUAUAUCAUUAAAAAAAUUUAUUUUAACUUGGCUUAUUAGUUUGAAUGCUAUGCAAUGAUCAAAUGUUUGAUAAUCAUCAUAAUUAUAAAAUUUAACUAAUAUAAGAGUUAUUUUAUUUUUUUUGCUUUUUUUUUUUUUUUUUUUUUUUACUACUUAGCAGUUGUAUAUUAUUAUUAUUAUUUAACUUAUUUCAACGAACACAAAUAUACUCAAUGCUUUUACUGGCUUUUUCUAUUUCCUGAAGUAACUAGGUAUUUUAUGCCAUAACAACAUAUCCAUGAUAACUAUAUUUAUGUUUGAAACAUAAUUAUAUUGCAAUAAUAAAUUAUGCAUUUCCAGAUCAUUUUCUUUUACUGUGAUGUUGUUAAUUUGAUGUAUGUCUAUUUAUUUUUGGAAUUCUAGAAUUUUUCCAUUCUGUUGAUGGCUAAUAAUUUCUAUUGCCAAAUAUAUCUGGCAGCUGGGCAUUUAUUGUUAAAUCUGAAAAAAUAUGUAUACUAUGCAUGGAAUAUCAAAUAAAAUUAUUUGUUUUA